AAACUGGAAAAAUCAUAAUCACCAUUGAUCAUUUAGAUAACUUCAAACAGUUUAAAUAAGGCAAUUUUACGCCAAAGAAUUGGAUUUGAUAAAUUAAACUGUUGUUUAAAUGAUAUUAUCAUUUAAAUAACAUUACUAUCCACAUGACAUUAAACCAAACAAUUAAGUUGAUAUUUUGUUCCUCAGCUUCAUUGGCAAGAUGGGAUCCACUUCCAGGCGUUCUAAGUGUUCUAAGAGAAGUGAUGAAGCGAGUAUAAGUAGUUUAGAAUCAGAUGAAUACAGUGAAAAUGAAAUUGGAUCUGAUAAAGAUUCAGAGAUGGAGAUGGAGCUAACUUUGGAUCAGUCCGAGCAAGAUGAAAAAGACGAUAGUGGAAUGGACUCCGAAGCUGAGGACGAUGAAGAGAACAAUGUGGAGGAAGGAGAAGACAAUGAAAGAAGUGCUGUGCAAAGGGAUGCAGAAAUGGAAGUGCUCGAGAUAGAGUAUCAAGCUCUGCGCAGCAAGGAACAGUAA